CUGAGACUGAAGAUAGCUUGUAUGCAUGUUUGCAAAAACAAAUUUGUUUUCGUUCGAAGAAUUCGUAGAAAUGGAGAAAAUACUUGCUCUACGAAUUUUGAAGACAAUAACUGGAAUUGUAGGCAUCUUAGGCAACGGUCUUAUUUGUGUUGUCAUCUGUAAAGUCUCAGCGAUGCAGACUCGCACUAAUGCCUUCAUCUUCCACCAAGCAGUGGUAGAUUUCCUAGGCUCUACCAUGAUCCUCGUCCAAAGUGAGAUCCCCUUGCCCGACCCUCUGCCAGACAACGGUCUUGGGUGGGUCAUAUGCAACGUCUGGCUCUCCAACUUCACCCUGUUUUUCGUGUUCGUGGUCUCGACGUUCAACCUGCUGGCGGUGACAAUGGAGAGAUACUUUGCCAUUGUCCACCCGUUCAGGUACCAGGCCGCAUUCGUCAGGUAUCCCCGCGUGAAAGUCGGUGCCGUUAUCGUUACCUGCUGGCUCGUCGGGGCCGCCAUCAAGCCAUACCUGAUGACCAUUUUCGAGAUCCGAGAGGGGAGCUGCCGCUCACUGUCAGGAUCGAAAGCGGUGGGGAUCCUGACCGCAUUCCUGCAGUACAUCCUCCCCGUCGGUGUGAUGUUCUUUGCCUACAUCCGCAUCAGCGUGGAACUGAAGCGGGGCGCUGCUCGUGUGGGCCCGCCGCCGCCUGGAGCUGCAGCGCCCGCAACAGAAGCUGCUUCCCCCGCGGAGCCGGUUCCCCCGGAUAUGGGAAUGAGGGAGUCCCUUCUCAAGGCUAGACGGAACAUCUUCAAGACGCUCUUGACAGUUUUCAUCACGUUUCUGGUCUGCUGGACACCCAAUCAGGUGAUCUUCCUCAGCUACAAUCUGGGUCUGUUGGACCUUAAUUUCAAGGAGUGGUAUUACCUGCUGUCGGUGGCCAUGGUCGCCGCAAAUUGUUGCGUUAAUCCGUUCAUCUACGUGGCCAAAUACCGCCACUUUCGCAACGGUCUUCGGCAGAUGCUCUGCGGAAACACGUGUCGCAGUGAUACAUGUACUACUUUGGCUUAG